CACAGCAUGGGCAAUUGCAUGUCGUCCAAGGGCGCUGUGCUCUCGCCGACCGCGCGGACGUUCCGGGACAAGCCGACGCUGAGCAUGAGCUCCGACUACGGCCUGCAGCACUCGAGCAUCCACUUUGAGAGCGCGCGCGACGUGAACGAGCUCAUCCGCGACUUGCCCGACACGGCCGACGUCAAGGCGCUGAGCUCGAUCGCGAUGCUCUCGUCGCGUGGCCGCAAGCGCGGGUCGUCUGCUGUCUCGCUCCUCUCGAACGAAGACAAUCCCAACUUUCAUCAUGUAGCCGACAAGCUCGACACGAGUAGCAAGAAAGACGCGCUGCCGUCGUACGACCAAGCCGGCCCGCUCUCGUCGCUCUCGGAGCACGUGGUCUCCGAGUCUUCGAACCGGUCCCGCACGCAGAGCUACAUGUCGUUUGUGGAUCCGCUGAGCUCGAUCGCCGCCGCUGAAAACAACCUCGAGCUCUUUCGCCAGAUCCAGGCCGCGUUCCCGUCGUCGUCGUCGACCGCGUCCAAGCUGGACGACCGGCCGUCCAAGUCCCCGCGCUCGUCGUCCGAGACGGACGCUGACUCGUCGUCCUUCUCGUCCUCGAAAGCGCCAGAGAACGAUACGCUGGGCCAGCUCCCGCCGAGCGACGAAGGCCAGUCGCCGCCGAUGGACCCCAAGUUUUCAUUUUUCGUCUUUGAAGGCGACGACAUUCCGCGCAUGUCCUCGGAGAAGGACGACGACACGCGCCGGUCGUCGUGCUACAUCGUCGAGACCUCGCGGGACUCGAAUGGGUCGCAGCGCUCGUCGCGGUCGUACUCGCCGCGCACGUCGGACCGUUCGAGCCUCGGCUUUCCCGUCGCACGGUCGUCGCCGCUUGAGGACGUGCCAUCGUUCGUGUCGCCACGCAGCGCAUACCCGCCAAUGGCAGCAGCAUCCAAGAUCGCACCACCUUUGGACGCCCGCAUGAGCUACGAGUCGCACUACUCGCUCAUGAGUUUCUCGCAGUCGUUCGCGAUGGACGUCGGGUCGUUUGACGACCACUUUUCCGCCGACGACUUUCGAGACACGUCGUGCUCGACAGGCUCGUUCCGCGCCAGCGGGAGCUCCGAGCCCGGCCUCUACCUGUAGUCGCCGCCGUUUCUGUCCACCGUCGUCGUCCUCUCUAGCGUUGUAGUUCCUCCCCCGUAAUUUAAUAACCCUACCCCACCUC